GGUCAAUAAAACUGGCUGGGCGGCAACUCGUCGACACUGUCUAUCCCAACGGGGUUGGAAGGAUCGCCGCCAUUUGGUUUUUGACCAUGUCCAGUCCCGACACGGAGAAGGUGCAUCGACGCCCCGAGACGCGCAGCGCGCGCCACCGGCGGUACCUUCAAUACCUCGCCGUGUGCGCGCUCUUUCUGUUGGUGCACCACUUUGCCGUGCAGCAGCCCGACACGGCCCGCCUCCGGCGCGACCUCCCGCACCUUGCCCACACGCUUGACAAUGAAGUCCUCAGCGACAUCAUCCACCUCAACAACCUCAACGAAGCCUGCUUCCACGCUGGCGACGUGGUGAUUCCGUGGACGUACAACAGCACCGAAGUCGACCUCGACUUUGUCUGGUCCCGCGACGACACGCCGCGCAGUCAGCUCAUUCAGUUUCUCGCGCAGUGCCCGGAAGUCGACGUCUUCUUGCCGCCAGGUUUGCGCAACCACGGCUACUGCGAAGACGGCAUGGCGUACGUCAAGUUUCUCAAAACCCGCGCGCUGCCGAUUUGGGUCUUUGACUUGCGAUUCGACUACCAAGAUCGCAAAAGCAUUAGCUACUUUGACCUGUGCCCGCACACGGCCAUGAUCUUUAUGAACCACUACCUCGAAGGCAUUCCAGACCGCCCCAAUUUUCCCAAGGAAAAAAAGAUCAUUUUGAUGCCCAAUGUCGAAAUGUUUGAGCUCAAAACCAAGGAAUACCAGCGCUUUGACGCUGUCUUGUGCAAGACGCGCGAUGCCUACGACCGGCUCACGCAAUGGUUUGCCGAGGUUGGGAAUCCCCGAAACACGACCGUCUUUGACGUGCAGCACACGUCGUCAGAUCCGUCGACCGUCGCGCGCACACACCAUUCCAAGCACCCGGCUCUGCCGCGCAUCAAGCCCCGGAGCUUUGAGAAAAUGACAUUCUUCCACGCCAGCGGCCACAGCGCCCAGAAGAACACAAAGGGCAUCUUCCAGUGCUGGCAGAGCCGACCGGACCUACCGCCCAUUGACAUUUACUCCAUGUACAGUGGCGUCAAGGAAGAUUACGACGCGAUGUUUGGGACCGAUGGCGCGCCAACCAACAUUCGCUUUCACUUUGGUGAGGACAUUGAUGUGGCGCAUUUCGGCCGCUUGCUGCUCGAGACGAGCGCGAUCUUGUGCCCGAGCAAAAUGGAAGGCUUUGGCCACUACAUCAACCAAGCAAGAGCGUCCGGUGCACUCGUCUUGACAACAAACGGCGCGCCCAUGAACGAGUUUGUCGACGAAACCUCUGGCGUCCUCAUUGAGGCGUCCCGUCUCGACCCUAACCCGAACCAGCUCUUGAGCAUCUACGGCGGCAUGGAGUGGGACGUGACCUCGGACGCGAUCUGCGACGCGGUCGACCAGGUCAUGGCGCUGACUCCGGCCGAGCGGCGAGAACGCGGCGAGAAUGGCCGGCGGCGGUACGAAGAUCAGUUGCGCGAUUUUAAGCGCGCCAUGCGCCACGUCCGCGCCGAGUUUGACAAUCGGCCAUGACGGUUCCAAUAGAAUUCAUUGUCGUUGUCGUCUAGUUGUCUCGU